AUGGCAGCCAAAUUUGAACUAACAACACCAGGACCAUUUAUAGUAGUUGGGGAGCAAACAAAUUUAUCUAAAGCUUGGGAACAAUACGAAAAACGUUUUGAAAUAUAUAUUCAAGCAGCUGGAGUUACUAAAGAUUAUCAAAAGAGAGCAUUGUUACUGCAUGUUGGUGGGUCACAAAUACAAGAUGUCUUUAAUAGCUUAGGCAGCCCUGGAACUACAUAUAAGGAUGCAGCUGACAGUCUAUCCAAUUAUUUCAAACCCAAAAAGAAGAUUCAAUACGAAAGACGUGUGUUUCAUCAAUCAAAACAAAUGUAUGGUGAAACAAUUGAUAACUAUGUUGUUCGUUUGUCGAAAUUGGCAGUGUCCUGUGAGUUUAUUGACCAAGACGACCAAAUUCGGGAUCAUAUUUUAGAAUCUUGUGCAUCUGAUGAUUUGAGAAAAAAAUUGUUAACAACAAAAAACUUAACAUUAGAAAGACUCCAGGAAGUAGCUAGAACCUAUGAAUUAUCUGACACCCAUGCGAAGUUAAUGUCAAACAAGAAAGAUGAUUUAGUCGACGAAGUAGAAGUAAACAAAUUGCGCUCUAGAUCAAGAAGGCAAGCACAGCCUCGAUUUUCGAAAUCACAGUCAAGACCACAACAGCACCAACAAAACCAUCAUCAACAAAGGAAGAAAUAUGACAUUAGCACAGCAAAGUGUUACAGGUGUGGGGAUAUCGGACAUUAUGGUAAACAGUGUAAAAAGUCUGUAGGUGUAACAUGUUUCAAGUGUGGAAAACAAAACCAUUUUGCAAAACUGUGUAAAAGUAAAAGUGUAAAUUUCUUAGAAACAGAUAAUUUUGAUGGAUAUAGCAGUGAGGAAAUAUACGCCAUUUCUGGUAAGAAUGCUGCCACUCUCCAAAUUGUCCUUGAAAAUAAAAAAGUUGAUGUUUUAAUUGAUAGUGGGUCAUCUGUCAAUAUAAUUGAUGAGCAUUUGUUUGGUAAACUCAAAUAA